AUGAUUGAAGUUAAGGAAAAGAAUCUCGAUGAUCAAAUAAAUAUAGAGAGGAAGCAGUCUGAAUCACCAGGUAUUGGUGCUUUAAAGUCUCUUAAAAAGGGUGAUAAGUUGCCAAUGAUCAUUGAAGAGAAAGGUGAUGAGAAGGAAACUCCUAAAGUUGAAAAGAAAGAUGGCAAUGCCAAGAUCAAAAAGUUUCUUGCAAAUCUUAGCAACUUCUCAAUCAAUAUUCCACUAUUAGAGGCUCUUCAAGAGAUUUCGGGUUAUGCUAAAUCAAUGAAGAUCUUGAUGUCGAAGAAGAGGCUUAUAUAUGCUGAGACAAUUGAAGUGACCCAUUCAUGUUGUACAAUUAUGUCAAAUUCCAUGGCAGAGAAAAAGAAAGAUCCUAGUGCUUUUCCCCCUUGUACCAUUGGGACCCAUAAAUUUGACAAGGCAUUAUGUGAUCUUUGCACUAGCAUAAAUUUGAUGCCAUAUGCGGUGUACCAAAGCCUUGGGUUAGGUGCAUCUAUACCCACCACCAUGAUAUUAUUGAUGGUAGAUCGCUCGAUCAAGAAAUCGAUUGGAGUGUUAUAUAAUGUAUUGGUAAAAUUUGAUAAAUUCAUUCUCCUGGUGGACUUUGUUGUGCUUGAUUAUGAAAUCGACCACGAUAUACCCAUAAUCCAUGGGAGACCUUUCUUGGCAAUUGAAAGGGCACUAGUGGAUAUGGAGCAUGGAGAAAGAACAUUUUUGGUGUAUAGUGAUGGAGUCUUGUUCUGGGUAUACAAAGCCGAGAAGAAACCAAGUGUGUUACAAGUAGUCUUGGUUAUUGAUAUUGUUGAUAAAGGAGAGGAGGUUGGGUCAUCCCAGCUCAAAUACCCAGCUUGA